AUGAGGAUUGUGCAAGAUGGAGAUAAGCCAGGUCAUCUUCAUGGUAAAAACCCAGCAGGUUUCUGUUCCAUUUCUUCUCUACUACGUUCUGUUGUGCUGGUUGUCAGGGAAGCCAGUGGUGCGAUAAGAGUUUCACUGUGUGCUGAUCACGUAAAGGUGUUGCCUUUCAAUGCCUUGGUACUUUGGCUUUCACUGUUGAUGGUAGCAAGUUCAGUUAACACAGGUAAACCUGAAGAGAAAAUUUAUUCCUGCCCAUUCUGCUCAUGCAGAAGCUUACCAGGCAGAGAUGGAAGAGAUGGUCCCAAAGGUGAAAAGGGAGAUCUAGGAGAAGGAUUGAGAGGUCUACAGAGUUUCCCAGGAAAAGCGGGACCUCUGGGAAUAAAAGGAGAUUCAGGACCACAGUGAGAGAAAAGAGAAAAAGAACAUGGGAUUAAGAAAAUCGUGGUAACCAAUGACCUGCAGAGACAAGUAACUGCUUUGGAAACAAAAGUACAGGUUUUGGAGGCUGAACUAAGCAGAAACAAAAAAGCUUUGAUUUUAAAGAACAUCAAGAGUAUCGGUAAAAUAUUUGUCUCAACUGGAAGAUAGUUUCAUCAGGGGAAAAUCCCUUUGUGCAAAAGCGGAAGUGUACUUGCCUCUCCUAGGAAUGAGGCUGGGAAUAGAGCUUUAAAAGACUCAAUAAGACCUUCAAAGCAGGUUUAUAUGGGGACAUCUGAUGAACAGACUGAAGGCAGGUUCAUGGAUCUCAAUGGAGGGGCUGUAACUUACAGAAACUGGAAUGUUGGACAACCAAAUAAUCUGGAAAAUAAAGACUGUACAGUGAUACAAGACUCUGGAAAAUGGAAUUAUAUUAAUUUUUCAAAUCCACAUGCCUUAAUUAUUUGUGAAUUCUUGAGCUGA